AUGAGCGAAGCUCAAGAAUCUGCCCAACUGUUGGCGGGGCCCGAACUGCCGACCAUCGUGUUGGAGUCGAUCCUCCAUGGCUCCACCUUCAGUGGCAACAGCUGUGGCAUUGUCAACCUGACACCCUAUGAUGGCCAUUUGGAGCGUGUGUGCACUAAGUGGAAGCUCUCCCAUGGACAGGAUGCCCUGACCCUUAGGUCCUUUUCUUUGGGAAUCAACAUUGAUCACGUGAGCUACAGCGAGAGAGAGUGGAAGAAAGGCUGCAGGAUCUUCGAGGGUCAUCGCACCUAUGAUCCGCAGGUGGCAGCUUGCACCACACUUUCCGUUGAGGACUACCCAAUGAAGUUCGUCAUGGUUUCUGUGGACAAGACCCAGAAGGGUGUCAAACAGUUGAGCUUCAACCUGCCCAACUCAGUCAGGUUGAUGUAUCAGGACGAUGCUGUGAGGUCGCACGAGUGGAAGCAAUUGAUUUUGGACUUUGAUGCUAAGUGCCUUGGUUAA